AUGGCCAUCGGUGCCGCCAUGUCGUAUUUUGGGGGGAUGGGGACGUUUGGUCAGGUCCUUCUAGGUCUGCCUAUGGUCCUGGACCUUCUGGGGCCGCCAUCUUUCCUCCUCCUCUCACUUCUGCUAACGCUCCAUCACUUCCUCUACUCGACUCUCCGCCUCUUCCUGAAGAACACACCUUUCGCCCCACUCAUCUCGAUCCUCUCCUUUCUCUCUCCAACAAUUACAUCCUCUCUCUUCCUCCUGACAUUCUACUUCCACCUCCACCCGCCAAGUCCAUCAUCGUCGACAGCACUCAUACCGUCGCCAGUCUAUACGCUCGUCGAGGUUCUUCCGGUCGUAUACGCUAAGAUAUUGCGGGUCGUCUCACCCCUCUUCACGCUGCUGGAGGGUGUGAGCACAUUAUUGGUCAUUCAGGUGGCUGGACGAGUCGGCAAGGGAUGGGCAGAUGAGGAAGAGAAGGAAGAAGGAGGGUUCGAAUGGAGAAGCCUCGGCGCUUUGGUGCUGGCGGCUUUGGUUUACAGCGUAGGGCUGGCGGGAGUGUACAAAUACUUUCCCAUAUCCGCCGACUCGUCUAUACCAGCAUUUCUCCUCGGCGUGGCUCUCACAGCAGUCGUCUUCCUCUCCUCCAUCGGCUUCGCGCUCAAGCGGACAAAUGUCCUCGAGACUAGUCUGGUCUUCGUCUACGUUGUGUACUCUGCUUGGCUUUCUGGCGUGGAAUCAGCCAUGGAGCCACGGUCCUUCGGUUCUGGCUGGCUAUCCAGUUCCUGGGCAUCUGCAAAGUCUGUCCCGGAACAUUCGGUUCAGACGCUGGCCAAGCGGGCUGUUAUCGGCGUCAUGGACAGCGUUUGGGAUGUUGCUCAAACAUUACCACCCCAUCUCCUCCUCUCGCUUGUUUACCGCGUGGCCGUCCUGCACCUCGCGGCCCGCAUCGUACCCGUCAUCCGGAAAGCCAGUAUGGGCUGGGACGACGGGAUGAGCGACUCGGGGAUGGGCGGAGGCGGUGGUGUGACACCUGGAUUCUGGGAUGGGCGGAGUCUGGGAGAAGAACCAGCGAACAUGCGGGUCACGACGGUCGUACUCUCGUAUCGCCGAGCAAUACUCAUCGCCGUCUACACACAUCUACUCUUCCUGGACGCAGGGAGCCAGACAUGGUGGCGGUGGCUGAACAUAGCACUCUUUCUGGCGGUUUGGUCGCUCGAGCUGCUGCUCGACGCGGACGAUGAUGCGGAUAGUGUCAGUGCAAGAUGGAAAGUCGACUAG